AUGUCGAUCGUCGAGUACGAUGGAAGUGCGUUGGUGGAGAAGAACUGUUUCUCCAUCGCCGGCGAUUGUCGUCUAGGUGUACAGCUCCAAACCCUCGCCACGGAUUUCCAGAGGAUCUACAAGAUUCAUGACCGUUUCUUCAUUGGUCUUUCCCGUCUUGCCACCGAUGCUCAGACACUGUACCAGAGGCUUGCGCUUCGUCACACGUUGUAUCAGAUCAGGGAAGAGAGGGACAUGAAGACCGAGACAUUCUCUAGUCUUGUUAUGUUUGGUCCUGACUUCUGCCAACCUGUUAUUGCUGGAUUAGGAGAUGAUGACAAGCCGUUCAUCUGA